ACUGUGGGAAAGGUUCUUCUUACCUAUGCGGAGGUGGUGAAAGCUGACUUUGAUCACUGGGUGGAGUCGCAGGAGACUGCUUGUAUCCUCAUGAAUAACAUCCAACAGUGCCGUGUGCAACUGGAGAAGGUGUACGAGGCAAUGGGCGGUGACGAGAAUCUAAAGGAGGACACUAAGGCGGUGAUGCAUGAUCUUCAACAGAUGCUCAACGACGCGAUUGACGAGAUGGCUGAAAAGUACUCAGUUGCGCUACGUCCAAUUGUUCUGGGCAAGAUUAAGGAGGUCAACAAACUUCUGCACCAGAUUUCGUCCAAUUCCAAGGCAAAUAUCGACUCUGAGGCGGACCUUGUCCUUCGGCCUCUGAUGGACCAUUUCGAGUCCUCACUUUCCGUCUAUGCAGAUAUCUGUGAAAAAACUGUAUUGAAACGAAUUCUGAAAGAACUCUGGAAGAUCACCAUGUACACGUUCGAGAAGCAGGUAGUUCUGCCUCCUGUCUCGGAUCCAAGUGCUCUCUUCCUCAAUCUCUCUAUUCCAUCCAAUGCCACGGCUAAACUGACAAGCGUAUCACAAACCCUACUGAGCAAUGUCAGUAGCCAAUUACCAAACAGCAAGCUUCUUCAAGAGAUGUCGAAGGAGAGUUCAAAUGUGACGCUGAAAAAUCUCACUCUACAUCAUUGUCAAAUUCUGGCCAUUGCAUUGGAUGCCAUCAAGAGCUACUUCCACGCUGGUGGAAGUGGUUUGAAGAAUAAUUAUCUCGAAAAAUCGCCGGAAUUUCAAUCGCUGGAACAUGCUCUCUCUCUCUACACUCAACCAACGGAUACUUUAAUCAAAAACUUCGUCAAUUCACAGAAGUCACAAGGGUAA